AUGCAAGAAAAGGCUAAACAUCUCCAAGACAAGGUGGUUAGAAAGGAAGAAAAAAAACAAGCAAAAGAGAAGCAAAAAGUCCAGUAUGAAAGGGAGAAUAAACGAGAUGAAAACUCAAGUAGUGCUCAUCCUAGCAGAGAAAGUAAUAAGGUAAUAAUUGAUAAUGAAAUAUACGAGCCAACAAACAUCCAAUUAGACCAAGAGCAAGCGGAUAUCGCUCGGCAGCAAUAUUUAGUGCCAGUUGGUUUUGGACUUGUUGCUUUGAUUAAUAGUUUUGGUUAUUGGGUUUUUAGGAAGAAUAUGCUGACAAGCAAGGAAAGACUUAGAGUGCUUAGCAAAACCGUUGCUGAUAAUUAUCAACAAGUAGCAAAAGAAAGCGACAUUAAAACAAACAAAGAUGAACAAUCUACUAACAAAAAAGAAGCAUAUCUAAAAAAUUACCCUCUGCAUUAUGCAGUCGCACAAGGUGAUCUAGGCAAAGUAAAAGAAAUUUUACAAAGCAAAACAGUUGAAGUUGAUGACAAAGAUCACAACAAUUUCACUCCUUUGCACAUUGCGGUUGGACGAGAAAACCACAACAUAGUUAUUGAACUUCUACAACACGGAGCCGAUCCUAACACACAAGAUGAUGAAGGCAGCACACCCAUGCAUUCGGCUGCCGAAGGCAAUAAUUUAAAACUCCUUAAUGCUGCUUCUGGGAUAGUUAAUGAAGAUAGAGAAUUAUUGCUUGUUGCUAGCAAUCAAGAACAUCCACAAGAGGUUGAAAUCUGGCUUCAGCACUUGAAACAAUUUGCGGAAGAGCCUGACUGUAGAAAAAAGAUUUAUAAGAAAUUAGUUAAAUUAGCCAUUAAAAACACUUGCUUUUUUAUCGAGAGAAAAUUAGAGGAAGAUAAAAAGCAAAAGCUAGAAAAUGAGGUAAAUUUUGAUAAAGAGAAGAAAAGAAAAGAAAUUUUGACUGAGGCCAAAACGGCUUCUGAUAAAAUGAAGGAAGAAGGAUUAGUUAAUUCUCCGGACGAAAACGUGCAUGCGGAAAUAAAGAUAGUUAGUAAUAUUUACGAAUUUAAUAAAAGACAGGGAAAAUUAAGUUUCUUAAGUAUUCUUAAAAACUUUUGCUUGUUAAGGUCGAGAAAGGAACAUUAUAUUGGUAUUUCUAAGUUAGCCUGUGGUCCUUGUCAGGAAAGCAGUUAUGGAGAAGAAACAAUACAAGCUCAAAUUGAACAAUCAACUAUGCCGACAGCUACUGGAAUCACGCCCGAGUUUGACGAGACUAUUCGUCGUUUGGCUCAUGAACAAGACAAACUAAUUACUGAAAUGUUAGAGGAAUUUUUAGCGGCUUAUUUAGAGCAAAAUGAGAAAAAAUCCUCUUCUAUUAAAAAAAAGUCAA